AUGGAUUUAGCGGAAGAGGAAGAGAGACCGCUAUGUUCCAGGUUUGGAUGGGGACACAUAGCUCGACUUUGCCGACGUAAAAAGCGAAGAGUUGAUCCAGAAGGAGCUAAUGUGAGGAAUAGAAGAGAUUCCCAUCAUAGAGUGAACCGCCCUCCAUCCGCCCAAUACAGUGCGUUUGGUGAACUACUACGAACAUGUACACCAUCUGGGUUACAAUGCGCCUUGUUCUGCGGUGGAUCACGAUGCAAGUAUGAGUUACCUUCGAAGCGAUCAUCAGCGAUACAAGGACUAUACUCAGACUGGGUCACCGUAGACAUUCUGGCGAUGGCGCGUCCUAGCACUACGAGCAUCGCUGCUAGAAACAUCAUUCAGCAACUUCACAGUUGGGGUGUUCGCACAGUGAUCAACUUACAAAUGCCUGGAGAGCAUGCGAGUUGUGGUCCUCCUCUCACGAACUCUGGUUUCACCUAUGACCCUGUGAUCUUCAUGGCGAAUGACAUAUACUACUAUAACUUCGGCUGGCCUGACUAUGGAGAAGCAAGUCUUUGCGGUCUACUUGAUAUGGCGAAGGUCCUGUCCUUCGCUUUACAAGAAGGAAGAGUAGCUAUACAUUGUCAUGCUGGUCUUGGACGUACCGGGGUGCUUAUAGCUUGCUACUUGGUGUAUUCGUUACGAAUACGGGCAAACGAUGCAAUACGUUUAGUUCGCAAGAAACGUCCUAAAUCCAUUCAAACCAGUGGCCAGAUACUAUGUGUUCAGCAGUUCGAGCAUUACAUCUUACCCCAGACCGUUGUAUUUAGCUCCAAAGAACCUCUUAUGUUAACUAAAGAUCCAAAAACAUGUGAGUUUACCCUACGUCAAUACUUGUAUAGACAACGAGCGACUUUACACGGCUUGGACGAGAGAGUUUUCAGAGAACUACCUAAGAUAGUGUUUUGUAUUUGCGAGCGCCUAUUAAAGUUAUGCGGGUGUCAAGACAGCGGAGGUUUGGAUUAUCGCGUUAGAAAUAGGGCUUUCUACAGAAUGUUCUUAUCGUAUAAACUGAAACUAGGAAAGCCUCCCGAUUUGACAACUCCGGAGGAAAAUAUCAAUGGAGACAAACCUCCAGCUUUCCCGAUGAUAGAAUGGAGGGAUCCGGUUGAAGAAGACGUGGAGAGAAACCUGGAGUCCGUUAGCAGAUAUACCAACUCCAACAGUAUUCCUGCUGUACAAGUGUAUGAGGCCUUUUUAAUUGAUCAUGAAAAUCUUCCACAGGAGAAACAAAAAUACAUAAAACAAUUAAGAGUUGAAAUAAAUCAGAGAAGAGAAGCAAUGAGUAAAAUUGAUGAAGAGGUAUUCUAA